GCCCCACGGCACCAUGCUCGCCUUGGAGGCUUCGCAGCUCGACGGGCCCCACUUCAGCUUUCUGUACCCUGAUGGUGUCUUCUAUGACCUGGACAGCUGCAAGCACUCUGGCUACCCUGACUCAGAGGGGGUUCCUGACUCCCUGUGGGGCUGGACUGAGGCCCCACCCAUCCCAGCUGCCCCCUAUGAAGCCUUCGACCCUGCAGCGACCACCUUUGGACACCCCCAGGCCACCCAACUGUGCUACAGCACCUCUGCCUACAGUCCUGCGGGGACUCUUGAGCCGCCCCCCAGCCUGGAGACCUCAGGGCCUGGCCUCUCCGCAUAUCCCACGGAGGACUUCACUGGCCAGACCCUAGGCCCCCUGGCGUAUGCCCCGUACCCCAGCCCUGUGCUGUCCGAGGAGGAGGACCUGCUGCUGGACAGCCCCGCCCUGGAGGUCUCAGACAGCGAGUCAGAAGAGGUCCUCGGGAGCAGCCCCGAGGGGAGGGGCUCUGAGGCAGGGGCGCGCAAGAAGCUGCGCCUGUACCAGUUCCUGCUGGGGCUGCUGACUCGCGGCGACAUGCGCGAAUGCGUGUGGUGGGUGGAGCCGGGCGCCGGCGUCUUCCAGUUCUCCUCGAAGCACAAGGAGCUCCUGGCGCGCCGCUGGGGCCAGCAGAAGGGCAACCGCAAGCGCAUGACCUACCAGAAGCUGGCGCGCGCUCUGCGCAACUACGCCAAGACCGGCGAGAUCCGCAAGGUCAAGCGCAAGCUCACCUACCAGUUCGACAGCGCGCUGCUGCCAGUCGCGCACCGCGCCUGAGCUGGUCCAGGCCACUGGCGUCGCCAGGAUCGCUGUCCAGCACGGGAUCCGCGGGAUCGUCGUGGUUUGGGUCGCAGGACUCGUGGACCACUCUACUCUGUGUGUGUAGGGGGCAGUGCUUCCAGAACUUCAAGAACCUCGGGGAUCCUCUUGGGAUAUCCGAGGACAGGGACCUCUUUGAGGUCCCUUGUGUGUCUGCGAACCCUCCAUCUCACCAGGAUGGGGCACCCACAGAUCACUGCCCCAGAGAAGGCUACCAGCAACCCUAGCCCUGUGCUGCAUGAAGGAGGACAGUGAACCUGGAUUCUCCUUUUUUGUCUUGAGUUUUUGCUGGAUAAGAGCUGUCUUAGUUAUGUCUGGGGCCCUCUGGGAACCCUUUGUGUUCUCAGUGCUGUAUCCCUAUGAUUUGUCACUCAUGUCCUCCUAGAACUUCUUGUCAUCUUUGAAGUUCCCACAUACUCUGGAACCGCUCCAUUUCCAGCUUUUUGUAUCUAGAGUUCUGCAAUCCCGUCUAGGAUGCCUCUGGAAUCCUUCCUCUGGAAUCCUUUGGCCAUGUCUGAAGUGACUUGUCAGGUCCGGGCUGGGGGGGGGGGCUCCGUGAGACUCAGUCCAGGACUCCCUUAUCACAUUAUGGAUCCUCCAAUUACAACGGCCCCCUAGCAGCCCAGGUUCUCAUGGAGAUCCUGCCUUCCCGGCAUACCUUCUGUAUACCCCUAGCAAAGAUCUGCCACUGAUUUCUUGGCAGCCAGCAAUUCUCCCUACUACAGCAUUUUUUGUUUUUUUAGACUCUGUCUC